GCUGCUUCUGUGUCGUGACAUUCCCCUGUGCUGUCCUUCCCUGAGCGUUGCAAUGGCGGUGUUGGCAGUCUGUCUUCGGGCUGCUGUGUACCCAGAAUGUUCACCGGACGGUCGGCCUCCAAGUACCCUGUGCUGCCCACAUCGCUCGAGGAUGAGGCGUACAACAUGGCCCACCCCAACCGAGGCAAGUGUGUCAUCUUCAACAACAGGCACUUUGAACCCCAUACGAAGCUGAGUGAACGGAGGGGCACGGACUUGGAUGCUGAGAAUCUCUACUACCGCUUCCGCGAGUUGGGUUUCGAGCCAGUCAUCAAUGCCAACAUGACACGCAAAGACAUGUUGGAUGAAUUGGACAGACUGGGCCAGCAAGACUACACAGAUGAUGACUGCUUUGUCUGCUGCAUCCUGACACAUGGUGACCGUGAUGUUCUUUAUGCGACUGAUGGAAAGUUCCCUGUAGACAGCGUGAUGGACCCUUUCCGUGGUGACGUUUGCCCCAGUCUGCUUGGCAAGCCCAAGCUGUUCUUCAUUCAGGCUUGCCGUGGUGAUAGGUUGGAUGCAGGCACUCCAGCAGUCUUGGACACAUCUGAUGCACCGGGCCAAAUCUACCGCAUCCCAACACACGCUGACUUCCUGGCUGCCUACUCAACAGUGCCAGGAUUCUACUCGUGGCGCAACACAUCGCAAGGCUCGUGGUUUGUACAGGGCCUGUGCUCAGUGCUCCAGGAGCGAGCACGGUCUGCAGACCUGUUGUCCAUGUUGACGGUGGUGUGCCGCCGCGUUGCACUUUACUACGAGUCGUGUGUGCCAGGUGACCCCGGCAUGGACCGCAAGAAGCAGGUGCCAUCCAUCACCUCCACGCUCACCCGGCUAGUCUACUUUGGACGGCGUACUUAGGUUUGCCAUUUCUUUUGUUUGUGUUUUGCCAUGUGCCCUCACCUGUCCUCCCUUGUUUUGCCUCAAAGGACCAAAGCUGCAUGUGAGAGAACGUCAUUGGGUGUUUCUUUGAUUUGGCCAGUUGCACUGGCUGAACUAGUCCCUUGCAAAAGGAUUUUUAUCAGGGCAAGUUAAAACCCAUUUUUAAGAGUGUCAAAGCAGCAAAAAAAAAAAAGGACAUAGUAGAAAUGGAACCUGAAAUGUAGCCGCUGUACUUACGUCGAUGCAUUUCUUUUACGUUCCGCUUUUGGCACUGUUAUGUUCCUUAGUUCCUUGGUUUGUUUGUUUAUUGACACGAUGUGACAGUGUGGAAUAUAUGACUUCCGUCAAAAUGUUUGAGGACUUUCUGUAGUAAUAAGUUGCUGUGUAGAUUAUUCACGAUUGCCAUUGCUGAACAGUUCAGGUACUCACAGGCAUCCCAGGGACAAAAAGAGCUUACCUCAUGGCAGCUAAGGUUAAAUGGAACGAUACAUUGCAGUGUAAGGUGAUAAAGGACAAACGGAAGGGAAGGUCAUGGAAUACUUUUAGCGAAGAUUGAACAUCCUGUUUUCUGGAACUUUAGCUAAAUAUGAAACUUUACUGCUGAUUUAGCAAAUUCACAUUAACAAGAUGUUUUAGUGCGCUGUUGUUAGUGUACCACCACCUUUAUUGGUUCAAAGGUGUGGUGGCACUGUGAUUGGGGUGUACUAUAUUAUUUUAAAAAGACACACUGAGCAUUGCCACCUGUCUGUCAAGUGCAUUCACUAAUAGCAUACACAGCUAUAUUGUACUGUGUCCAGUGCUCAAACUCUUUUGAGUGUGAAAAUGUGGGUUGUAUGUAGUGGUAUGCAUCACUAAUUUUAUGUUGUACUGCUAGUUAUAAAGUUGAGUACACAAAGAAAAAAAAGAAGUGCCGACAGUUGCACAUACUAUCAGCAUCAAAAGUUUAGGUGGAGCAGGAUAUCUGGAAAAGAAGCCUGGGCAAAUGGCCUGAAAUUGAGUGUUCAGUCAUCAGGUAGUGCUUCUAAAACAAUGCUACACAUUUAAAGGCUGUAACUCCACCACCCUCUAAACUUCAGACACUGACUGUACUAUCUGUCACAAAAGUUCCCAGGCCAGAGAGCUAAGGGCUGGCCAGGAUGUAAAUUGAUACGACACCAUUAGGCCUAAUGGAGCUGAUCUCUUUCUUUGUUUUUCUUUUAGUGUUGAGGACUAAGACACCUAGGUGUCACUUUAGUCAGCUCAGUUCCAGGGACUGCUGCACGGCCGUACAGAGCUUACGGAUUGACUGGCCACUAGCGCUUCGGCCUUGGAACUUUCGUAACAGUACAGUGAAUUAUAUUGACAUAAAUGGACAGACCCACAUUGGGCAUAUCAUUGGCAUGAAGUGACCUGGAGCAUAGAAUCGCAGCUUCGUAAAUCAGGCAUGAAAAUGGAGCAGCACUUGAAGUGGUAUGACCUAUUUCAGAGGAUUCACUGCCCCAAUCAUAGAACUGCCUUCAUCAGGAGCAAAAAAAAUGUUUAAUUUUUGUUUAGCCAGUGUAAACUUGAAGAGCACUUGGAUCAUCUGAAUAAUUGUACCUUUGCCAUUCUCAUUAAUUUAAAUACCUUGGUUACCAGAGUUUUAUUCAAGUGGAGUGCUCUGCAUGGUAAAACAUCCUUAAUGUUCUUCUACCAUGGUUUGCAAGCUUCUAGAGGUGAUAGCCAUUGCUCUGCUGAUGUGCCUUUCAAGCAGCUUUUUCUAGCCAUGCUCAAUGUAUGCAGAAGUUUGUGAGGGCGUGUUUCCUACCAUGCCUUUUCUUGAUGAUGGAACUAGGUUUAAAGGGGCCCUGAAUCACCCCUUGGGCUUUGUGAAAUAACUUAGUCCGCGGGUAGCAUACGCUGCUGUGAACAUCUCAGCCAAGUUUUGCUGUCGUAUGCGGUGCGUGGAGCUCGCAAGCGGAGCGCGAAGUCACCUUUCUCUCAAACGCCCUCGUUUCAACAAAGCCAUGAUCCUCACUCUCUUCUGUGUGCUUUAUUGUGCAAUAAAGCGCAUUCCAAUACGCAGCUGCUAUUCGUCGCAGCAGUUGGUUAGACUGCGGCUCUCUAAGGACAACCGCGUUUGGCAUACGUUUAGCGUGGUGUAGGCAAAAAUCAGAAAUUUGAACUGCGCGCCACGUUGGCGUUUUGAAGGCGGAGCGUUGUGGCCCCACCCCACUCUGCCGUAGCCUUCGCAGUGCAAGGCAUUGAAGAAGGAAGGGGGAGCACAGCUGAUGCUGUGUUUGAUUGCCAAUAACUCUGCUUCCGCUGAACGCAUUGAAGUACUUUUUGCGGCAAAGUAUUUCUGAAAUAGCCUAUUUUCACCUCAAAUGUCUUUCUCCACUUCGAUAAGAAGUGGUUCUGGGCCCCUUUAAGUAUUGGGACGUUGUGUGGAGCCUGUGUUGAUUUAGUUUGCUGAGAGAAAUCUGCAUGUCUAGAACUUAUAUAAACCUCUGCACUACUGAAUUCUUUUUAGUGCAGGCAUAGCUUUGGGGUGGGAAAACUUGUCAGUUAGCCAGUUUUCUGUUGAGAUACUGUUUUUCUUUUUGACAAAUGAUGCUGACAAAUGAUGCCAUGAUACGUUGUGGUAAUGGCGCCACUUCUUGACCACAGUGCAGCACGUGUAAAGUACUGUUAGUACUUGUUGCUGCACCAAGUGUAUAUACAUUUUGCUUGCGUAGAGAAAGUACUUUAAGGUGUAAGUGUUGUUUUGAAGUCCUUUUUGACCAAAGCCAAAUUUAGCCAUGUAUUUUAGUGUCAACCAACACUUUUGCUAUGCAUAGCCGGUGCAUUGCCAACACAGAGGUGUGCAAGAGGGAUCAGAGCUGUUAGCUUUCUUUUUGAUCCCAAAAGGAUGGGGGUUUUGUAAAUGCCCCACAUUGUGUUUAUUUUCCUCCCAGCAUUUUUUGUUGCUGUGUGUUUGAGCCAAAGCCAUGUCUUAGAAUGAUUCACAUCAUCUACGAGAACCGUCUGUUGGAACAUCAGCUUUUCAAAGGGAUGUCACACAUUGCAUUUGUGUGAUGGCAUCAUGGCCAGUGUUAGAUUUUGAUAAUUUAGUGAAUGGGAACAGGGUCCCCAUGACGAGAGAGAGAAAUGGAAGAAAAGGCAAUACAUAGAUUGUCAUUAAUUUCACUUUGAUUUGCUGAAUUUUUUCACGUGGUAAUGUACUGCCCUACCCUGUCCUGUCCUUUUCAGGGUCUGACAUGAUGUUUGGGAUGCUAUUCAAAGUCAGAUUAACAUGCAACUGCUCUCGAAAGUGAAAAAAAAACAGCCUCAAAACAGCAAGCAGAUGAAAUAGUAUGCAGAGUUGUGUUUAAAAUGGUGAGCUAUCAUGAAGUGAGCAUGCAAGUGCCAUGUGCACACUGUUGGCAAUACCUAUCUCAGCAGCUGCACUUCUGUGCUGGUUGGAACAUUUUAAAAGGCCUUAUUUUAAGGAGCCCCUCUCCAGGCAUCAUCGUAAAUUUUGUUUGUACAUUAGGGAGUUGAAAGGGCUGCUCAGGGAGCAUUCUACUGUAAUAAUAAAGGUUUAGUAGUUGUAGUCAAGAUAAAAGCAUGUGAGCUACCCUCCCUAUGCGGCACCUCUCUCUAGUUGCCUCAGCCAGUGCUUGUAGAAAACAUUCCUCUCCUGCCUUCUGCCAUGGUGGAGUUGCGGCUACUUUCAUCAGAUACGUAGCAGACAAAAAAUUGGGACAAAAGAGAGACAGAAGUCAAGGUGCACCAACUCACCCAUACCACCCAGCUUGUUUGCUUUUGUCACGAGCGCCAUCUCUCUCUCUUUAAAAAAAAAUGUUUUUUCU